CUCUCAGUCUGUUCUGUGUACUUACUACUUGUGUAUACAAAUAACGAUAACGAGGUAACCCAACUUCUCCUUAUUCUAUUGAUGCAUCAGAGUAAAUUCUUUUCAUCCUAGAAAUAGUGUAAUUCUAACGAAAAUGAGCAACCUGAAUAUUUAUGUUGUUGGAGCAGGCAUUGUUGGUCUUACCACAGCUUUGGAAUUAAAGAAAGAUUUCCGAAAUGCUUCUAUUAUUGUUAUUGCAGAUAGUUUCUAUAAGGAUACUACUAGUUAUGUAGCUGCUGGCAUAUUUCGUCCAACAAGUGGAGAUUUUGGAAAAAGUGAAGAAAUAACAAGAAAAUGGAUAUGUGAUUCUUAUUCUUAUUGGGAAACGUUGAGACGUUCACGUGAAGCAGAUUUGGCUGGUGUGAAAGAAAUAUCAGGAUAUAUAUUUUCAAGAAGAUAUCCUCAUAUUAAUAAAUAUAUAGAAAAAUUGGUACCGAUAUAUCGACAAGCAUCAGAAGAUGAGUUGAAGUUAUGUACAGGAGACUGGAAAUAUGGAAGUUACUUCUCUACUAUUUUAACAGAUCCAGCUAGAUAUCUCAAAUGGGUACAUCAACAAAUAGAGAAUAUGGAUGUUCAUAUCAAAGAGAAAAAAAUCGAUUCGUUUUCUGACGUUUCCGGAAAAUGUGAUGUUGUAGUGAAUUGCACAGGUCUAGGCGCAAAAAUAUUAUGUGAAGAUAGUUCUAUUGUUGCUCUCAGAGGACAAGUAUCGAAGGUUACAGCUCCAUGGAUCAAAAAUUUUUUCUACGGUGAUUACGAUACUUACAUUAUUCCAGGUUUCGAUAGCGUUACCCUUGGAGGUUGCAGACAAUAUGAAUCUUAUGACACGAGAUUUAGCAGGUAUGAUUACUUGUCUAUUAGAGAAAAAUGUGAAAAAAUGAUACCGAGCCUAAAGCAAGCUGCAUUGAUUGAACAUCGAGUAGGCUUAAGACCUCAUAGAAUUCCUGUGAGGGUUGAGAUAGAAAAAAAGAUCGUGAAUGGAAUGAAACUAAAUAUUGUCCACAAUUAUGGGCAUGGGGGAUAUGGUGUAACAACUUGUCCAGGAACAUCUCUGAAUGCUGUACAAUUAGUGAAGCAAGUGUUGUUGGAAAAGAAUAAAUUGUAAUUCAUUAAAAAAGGGAAUUCAUUA